GUCACGUGGGACGAGUCAGCCGAGCGGGGCGGGGCCGGGCGCGGGAUAAAUAGGCGCCGGGGCGGGCUCCGUGCGGCGGCGGCGGCGGCGGCGGCUCCGGAGUCCGUGCGUUUUCGUCCUCGGCGGCUGCAGGCCCAGGCUCUGGCGGCUGGACGCGGUGAAUCCAGGAUUUAAUGUGCAAAAUGUGGCAGCUCCUGGCCACCCUCUGCUGCCUGGUGGUGCUCACCAGUGCCUGGAACAGACCGCAUUUCGAACCCCUGUCGGAGGAGCUAGUCAACUAUGUUAACAAACAGAACACUACGUGGCAGGCUGGGCACAAUUUCCGCAAUGUGGAGAUGAGCUAUGUGAAGAGGCUGUGUGGCACCAUCCUGAAGGGACCCAAGCUGCCCCAGAGAGUUGAGAUUGCUGAGGAAAUGAAUCUGCCUGAAAACUUUGAUGCCCGGGAACAGUGGCCAAACUGUCCGACCAUCAGGGAGAUCAGAGACCAGGGUUCCUGUGGCUCUUGUUGGGCGUUUGGGGCCGUGGAAGCCAUCUCUGAUCGGGUCUGCAUUCACACCAAUGGGAAUGUCAACGUGGAGGUGUCUGCAGAGGACAUGCUCAGCUGCUGCGGCCUGGCGUGUGGGAAUGGCUGUAAUGGGGGCUUUCCUGCUGCAGCUUGGAACUUCUGGACCAAGAAGGGCCUGGUUUCCGGUGGCCUCUAUGACUCCCAUGUAGGCUGCAGACCCUACUCCAUCCCUCCCUGUGAACACCACGUCAAUGGCUCCCGGCCCCCAUGCAAGGGAGAGGGAGAGACCCCCAAGUGCAGCAAGACCUGUGAGCCCGGCUAUGGCACGUCCUACAAAGAAGACAAGCACUACGGAUACAGUUCCUACAGCAUCCCUACUAGUGAGGAGGAGAUCAAGGCUGAGAUCUAUAAAAAUGGCCCAGUAGAGGGAGCCUUCACUGUGUAUGAAGACUUCCUGGCAUACAAGUCUGGAGUGUACCAGCAUGUAACUGGAUACAUGGUGGGAGGCCACGCCAUCCGCGUCCUGGGCUGGGGAGAGGAGAACGGCACCCCCUACUGGCUGGCUGCCAACUCCUGGAACACUGACUGGGGUGACAAUGGUUUCUUUAAAAUCCUCAGAGGACAGGAUCACUGUGGAAUUGAAUCAGACAUUGUGGCUGGAAUCCCACGCACCGAUCAGUACUGGAAAAAGAUCUAAUCUGUGGACCUGUCCAUCCAGCCCUGGGGGAGUUUUUCCCUAAAUAUAGCCAGUGGGGCUGGGGGUGGGAGGGGGUAGGGAUGUCUUUUGAGUUCAGAUAAGAUAUAAGAGGUUUUAGACAGUGGCCGGUGUGCUUCAGGGCCUGAAGGACUGGGUUGAGCCAAACCUGCUAUCUACCAUCAGAGCUGCUCUCUUCUGGAGGGGACAGCUGUCCUUCAGGAGACAACUCCAGGUCCCGGCUGCCUCCUAGCCUGCUCAGUGGUCUGAUGCUCACAACGCAAAGACCGCGUAAGCCACUGCUGAGAGCAAAGUGAGCCUUCUCCCCGUAGACUAGUACUGUAUGUAGUGCCUGCCGCUCCAGCUCCUGCUGCACUCCCUCCCCAGCUCCCCCAUCUGUGCGUCUCCAGGGAGCAAGACAGUGAAGACCUAAAGGGUUUGACUCGAGGUUCUCCAGAGGAAUGGAAAGCGGUAUUCCUAACAAGACUUAAAUUUCCAUAUGUAAACAGCACCUCUAAGCAAAGUAGCUUUCUAGAUUCAGAGUAGGAGAGAGGAGAGAUGGUGGGGGCAGCCCUCUGAAGAAAGUGACAUUCUCCCAGGGCCCCUAUAUCCAUUGAGCUUUCAAGUGUUGCAAGCCCUCUCGUCUUUUCUGUGGCAUGAUGCUUUUUUAGUCAACAUUUUAUUUUUAAUGCACCUCCGCUGAUCAUGUGAAUGAAUGGUUCUAAGUUGGAAGAGCUGUGCUGGUUUAUAUUUUCUCAGUGAUGUGGCUUAUAACAAAACUGGGUGGUCACAAUUUGACUGGCCUGUGGACCUCUGAUACCACAGUACAACUAGACUGGGAGAAAACAGCUUUUACUUUUUUUUUUUUUUAAAUCACUCCUUUACCCUAUCAAUUUAAAAAAGAAAGAACGAACUGUGCCAAUAAGUUUCUCCUUCAGUUUGAAGUCUGCUUUGUUGGGAUCUGAAAAAUAAUUUGUCACUGCCUGUAGACUUGCAGCUGUUGUCUGUCCUUAUCUUCCAGAAGGAAGCAGGUGCUCAUGGGUCCCAGGUGCCUGCAGUUCUUCCCAGGGGCAUCUUGCCGCAAUGGGUGAAACAAAAUAAAAACUUAGUUUUAACUUC